AUGUCCUCCUCCGACGAGCUCCUUCUCGUCCAGGAGCUCCCUAUGGACAUGCAGUCGGACGGCGGCGUCGGAAAGCGCCGCCUGGCCCACGUUCUCCCCCCUCUCGCCCGCGCUCCUGGCCCGCCCCCGUUCCGGCCGCCUCCCCCUCCGUCCGCCGUCGCCGCCGCCGAGUUCCGCGUCGCCUUCAGGGGCUGGCAAGGCGCCCCGCGUCACUGGGAGCUCUGGGUCGCCAAGCUGCGCCCGAUCCACGGGCGCCUCUGGCGGGAACUCGGGAUCCUCGACGCCGUCCUCGCCUCCACAUACAGGUUCAAGCGGGACGCCUCCGCCGUCCUCCACCUCGCCUCCUUCUGGUCCCCGGCCACCAACACCUUCGCCUUCCCGUGGGGCGAGGCCACCGUCACGCUCGAGGACGCCGCCGUGCUCGGGGGCUUCCCCGCCGACGGCUCCCCCGUGCCCGCGCCGCUGCCGCGCCAGUGGGGCUCCGACGAGGAGGCGCUCAACGGGGUGCGUCUCGACCUCAACCGGAGCGCCUGCAAGAAGGCGCACCACGCCGCCUGGCUGAAGCACUUCCUCACGGGCACGGACAUGGAAACCGGCAUAGAGCACGCCGCCUUCCUCGCGCUCUGGCUCAACCGCUUCGUGCUCCCGGGCCACCCGGAGUCCACCAUGCGCCAGUCCCUCUUCCCGCUUGCUGUCCGCAUGGCGCGCGGUGACCGCGUCGCGCUUGGGCCAGCCGUGCUCGCGUCGCUGUACCAGGACCUGCGUGAGAUCAAGACUUACUUGGUGGCUGCUGCUGCAUUCGGCGGCAAUGGGGAGUUGCUGCCUCCCCUGUCAGUUCAUGCGCCCCUCUACAUCCUUCAGUUAUGGAUGUGGGAGCGGUUCCCUGUACUCUGUGAUGGAAAGGCCAACCCCAUCAAGGAUGGCGAGCCGAGAGCCGCUCGCUGGCAUGAUGUGAGCAACAAGAUAAACCCCACAGUGGUCCGCGAGGUCCUCACUUCAGAGAAGAACUUUGUGUGGAAGCCCUAUACCAGCCGUCAGCAAGCAUGUAAGCAUCACACUGGGUGGGUUCGUGGCACUAAUAUUACUCUGAACGGCGAAUUGAUAUCGCUAGCACAUUGCUUGCGUGCUUGUGAGCUCGUGGGGAUGGAUUGCAUUGAACAAUACCUUCCGCACCGUGUCGCAAUGCAGUUCGGACUUGACCAAGAUGUGCCCGGAGAUGUUCACCGAGCCAAUGAGGACUCGGAGGUUGCAUGGGAGACAUAUGAUUUGGACGGGAAGAAUGUAGCUAUCUUCAUCCCUCGUACUGAACCAGGAGUCACGGCUCGGUACGCACAGUGGUGGAGGCAGCCACUGCCAUCUUCUGAUCUUACUGUUGGGGCAGGAAACAUUUCUGUGGAAGGUAAGGUUUCCAAGCGGAAGGUGAAGAAGACAUUGGCAGCCCUGGAAGCUGAGGAAGAGAAAGAGCGGAAGAUGAAGAAGGCUCGAGUUUCCCUUAAUAAUGAUAAAAAGCGUAAACUUGAAGAGUUGUAUGAUGCAAAGCUGUCGGAUUGGCUUGCAACCGCAAGGGACGGGAGCAGUGGGACUGGUGGUGGGUCUGGUGGCAGCCGCAAACGAGGAUCCUCGCCAAAAUAUGAUGAUGCAUCAGACAAGCGCAUGCUGGCUAGUGUUAGAACUGGCAAGGAUGAUAUUGCACCUCUUGUGCCAAGGAAGCUGUUGUCAACUUCGGCCGUAAAUCUGAAGAAGGACAGGGACAUGAAUCAGGAUAGAGGGGGUAAGUUGCUGACUGGGUCGAAGUACGAAGGUGUGAAUUUGAUGGGCUAUAUGGAAGGUGAUGUACAUCCUCCGGUGAAUGAACCAUAUUUUAAAGAGGCGCCAAUGGUGUCAACUGAAAUCUCUACAUUUAAUGAAGAUGCCAAGGGUGAAUGGAGAAAUGAGAUUUUGAAAAAUACCAAUGAGCUGGUUAGAGGGGAAACUCCUGAUGUUCCUAAUAGGCCUGAAGAAUUCAAACCUCCACUAUGUAUGGAGAAUGAAGAGUGCAGUGAUUAUUUGUCUGAUGUUGAUUGCAGUGAGGAUGAUAGAGAGGAAGCUGUCAUAGUUGAUAAGCCCACAAUUUUCUCCAGUGCACCUGAAGGAGGUAAUGCUGUGACGCCAGAGGAAAAAAUGGUCAAUCUUCCAGAAGACAAGUGUCUUGAUGCUACAGAUACAGCAGCAGAAGGCACUAUUGAUACUCAGGAGUUGGAGAUGAAAGUUAUGCUUGCACUUGAUGAGUCUUGUGGGAUUUCAAAUAGACCUGAAGAAGUUACUGCUCUAGUCAUGGAAGAGAGAGAAGAAAAGGGUAAUGUAGCAGCAGAUAAUAAAGGUAGCGUAGUUUCAGAAGGAGUUGGAAGGGCUGCGGAGGGAACAAGUCAUUCUAUUGAAGUCUUGCCAGAGAGUGAACAAGGAGUCUAUGCAGGUAUUAUGGACAUUCCUCAGGAGACUGUGGCUUUAGCUGAGGAAAUACUUCCAGUUCAGCAGGCAAAUGUUGUUGGUGAAUGUGUUGCAAUGUCAUGCGUAAUGGAGGUUGCCAGUGUCGCUGCUGGAGUUCAGGGAAUAAAUGAUGGAGAAACCAGUUUCGAUCUUGUCAACGAGGAGAAGAGGGAGAUUUCUUGUGUAGAAGAGAUUGGACGAGGGGAAAGCAAUCAGAUGUCUGAGAAAGAUAUCCAGCGGGAGCCUGCAGAAGCUCCUCAAGUUGAUAUUGUAGAAUGUGGAGAAUACAUUGCUCUCGUGGUAAAAGACAACAUGGGUGAGAACCAAAAUGUUACUCAAACAGUGGAGAAAGUGGUUACCAACAAUAAUAUGGCUGCAGUUCUGUUGGGUUUUCCUGAAAAGAGAACAAACGCGGAUAAACCUCUGAAUCUAGCAAAGAAAGACACUGAAGAUAUGCAUAAGGAAGUUGUACAAGUAGAAGAUGCAAAACAGGUGCAUAUUGAUACUUUGGAAAAUGGAGGUGCAAAUGAGGGGCACCACAAAGUUGCUGAAGUAGAGAAUAUAGACAUGACAGAGGCAAAGAUGCAUGCACAGUUUGAUACCGAGAAACCUGAGGAAGCUGCAGAGGUAGAGCAUGCAGAUAUGGAUGAAUGUAAGAGAUCAGCUGGGAGAGGUACUCAUGGGGAUCCUGGAGAAGUUCCUGAAGAUGUCCACACAGAAGUAGAAACGGCUAGGAAGUGGAUAGAGAAUAACAAUGACAGUAAGGUGACAGAGUUUCCUGAUAUAGCGCAUGCAGAAAUGGAAGAGGUGGAGAAUUCGGUGAAGGAAGAUGCAGAUGAUAAGUUUGAGGUAGUUUUUGAUUUAGAAAAUACAAGAAUGGAUGGAGCUCAUGGGCCAAUGGAGGAAGGUACUGGUGUUAAGCUCAAUGAAGUUUCUGAUGUAGUGCAUGCAGAAACCAAAGAUAAGAAGGAUUUUUUUAAGGGCGAUGCAGACAACAAGUUCCAAGAAUUUUGUGAAUUGGAAAGUAUAGAAAUGGAUGGAACUCAUGAGCCAAUGGAGGAAUAUACUGAUGGCAAGCUCAAUGAAGUUUCUGAUGUAGUGCAUGCAGAAACCAAAGAUACAAAGGAUUUUAUUAAGGAAGAUGCAGACAGUAAGGUUCAAGAAAUUUCUGAAUUGGAAAGUGUAGGAAUGGAUGGAACUCAUGGGCCAAUGGAGGAAGAUACUGAUGGUAAGCUCAUGGAAGUUCCCAAAGUGAAUGUGGAAGUCGAACACGCCAAUGGGACUGAGAGGGACAACGAUAGACUCGACAGCAUCCUUCAAGUAGAUCUGCCAUCAAGGGGUGAAGCCAGGUGCUUGGUCGAGGAAGAUAUCGAAGAAGAUAAUGAAAAAGUUCCACAAGUAAAGCAUGCAAACCUACAAGACGAGGCACCAGUUGAGAAAGAUUCAAAGGAAAAUCCCAAUGCAGAUGGCAAGGAUUUGCCAGAGAAAGAAGUAGGCGAGUCCAAAGAGGUUUACCAAGCGAAGCAAACAGAAGGGGAGGAACACAAGGUGUUAAGAGAGAAAGACACCGAGGAGAAUACGAAGGAUGCUCUUGGGGUUGAACGGGCAGAAGAACAUCAAGGUGAAACACUGACAUCAGAAUAUAUGCAUGGCUAUAUUGAGGAAAUUAUUGUAGCGGAGCAGCUGGAUGGACAAAGAGAGACGCUCCCGAAGAUAGAUGCUGAGGGAAAUCCUGAAGAAAUAACUCGAGCACAGGGAAAACAAUUUGACGAUGAUAUAAUGCACCCUUUGAAGAAUGCAGUUGAUAGUGAGAUGCUAUUUAGCUCAGCUAGCAUAGAGUCAAAAGAAGAGCAUAAGCAAGUGGUUGUUGAAGACGUGCUAGAGAAGAUAAAUGAGAGGGAAUCAUUGUCAGAUGGAGCUGCUAUGGGGAAAUCAGAUGCUGACAACCACAAAACUUUGGACAUACAUGAUGAAGUGUGUAUUAAACAAAUACAUGACUGUGGAAUAAUAUGUGAGAACAAGGAGACACAUAUAUUGGAAGACAGACAUAUAGUAGACAGUGGAUUGGAUGAUUUGGUUAUUAUGGAGGUUGAUGGAGCUUGGUCUACAGUCGGAACUCACAACCAGGAAGCUUUGGACUUGGACAAGCAACAAACAAGGGAGGAAAGACAAGAUUUAGGACCUACAACCAAGGACAAUAAAAUGACAAUGGUAGGAGAUGCCAUUUUGCCUAGUUGCAGUGAGUUUCAAAUUAAUUCACUGGAGACAAGGAUUUAUGAGGUUGUGUCUACCAAAGGAUUACAGAACCAAGAACAUUUGUUCAUUAAGGAAGAACAGAUAUUGGAAAAAGGACUGGAGUGUAAAAUUAUAGAAGGAAAUGCAAGGCCCUUAGUGACCAAUGUACUUGGUGAUGGUAGAGUGAAUACCACUCUGGGUACUGUGGAUGUUAACAAGGCUAUUUGUGUUGAAGGAACAGAAAAUCAUGAAGCUUGCACCAGCGGGGAGAUGCAGGCAAGACAGGACAAGCAGCACACAGCAGUUGGAGAUGUGCGGAUUUUGCAAGACACAAGCACCAAUUACAGUGGUGAUGUGGGAACAGCGAAGGAUUUAUGCAUGGAGAAGGGCCCAGCAGUGCUGGAGAAGCAGGACAAGGGAACGAUAUAUGAGAACACAGAGAGAACAUUCGUCGACACAGAUGCAUCUGAAUGCGGUGAAGCGGAACAUGGUGGGACCAUGAAAAUGAUUCAUGAGACUGAUUCUACAGUACAAGCUGUUCGUAAAAUUUCAUCCAAGAACAAGCAUAACCCUACAGUGCUGGAGAAGCAGGACAAGGAAACGACAGAUGAGAACACAGUGAGAACAUUGGUCGACACAGAUGCACCUGAAGCGGAACAUGAUGGGACCAUGAAAAUGAUUCAUGAGACUGAUUCUACAGUACAAGCUGUUAAUAUGGCAGAGGAUAUAAUUUCAUCCAAGAACAAGCAGGACCCUGCAGUGCCGGAGAAGCAGGACAAGGGAACGACAGAUGAGAACACAGUGAGAACAUUGGUCGACACAGAUGCACCUGAAGCGGAACAUGAUGGGACCAUGAAAAUGAUUCAUGAGACUGAUUCUACACUACAAGCUGUUAAUAUGGCAGAGGAUAUAAUUUCAUCCAAGAACAAGCAGAACCCUGCAGUGCUGGAGAAGCAGGACAAUGGAACGACAGAUGAGAACACAGUAAGAACAUUGGUCAACACAGAUACACCUGAAUGUGAUGAAGUGGAACAUGAUGGGACCAUAAAAAUGAUUUGUGAGACUGAUUCUACAGUAAAAGAUGUUAAUAUGGCAGAGGAUAAAAUUUCAUCCAAGAACAAGCGGAACCCUGCAGUGCUGGAGAAGCAUGACGAGUCAAGGACAAAUGAGAACACAGAGAGAACAUUGGUCGACACAGUUGCACCUGAAUGUGGUGAGGCGAAUUACAAUGGGACCAUGAAAAUGAAUCAUGAGUCUGAUUCUGCGGUACAAGCUGCUAAAAUUGCAGAGGAUAAAAUUUUAUUCAAGAACAAGCAGAACCUGGCAGUGCUGGAGAAGCAAGACGUGGGAACGAUAGAUGAGAACACGGAGAGAACAUUUGUUGACACAGAUGCACCUGAAUGUGGUGAAGUGAACCAUGAUGGGACCAUGAAAAUGAUUCAUGAGACUGAUUCUAUAGUACAAGCUGUUAAUAUGGCAGAGAAUAAAAUUUCAUUCAGGAACAAGCAGGGAGACCACGGUAAACCAGAUGCUGAAGGCUCUGGAUCAAAUCAAACUGCAAGAAAGGAGUUCAAGGGGGAUCUUCAACUAGACUUUGGAAGGGAGGUACAAGUGCAACAAGAAAAUGUAGAGAAUAAAGCAGAAAUCUCCGGUGGUAGAAAGAAUGAUGAAGCGUCUGAACAAGAGCAGACCACCAUAGAGAAUGCUACAAUUGCUCCUUCAGGUGUUGAGAAUAACAACGAAUCGGAUGAAGAACCGAUAAAAAGCUAUGGCGAAUAUGCUUCUGAUCCUUGCCAGACUAGUAAAGUUGGCAGACCAAGUAUUGAAGAUGUUAGGCGAAUACAUAGUGGCAGGUCUAUCUGUCUCAAAGACAUAAAGGAAUCUCAGGGAAGAAUUUAUUCUGAACCAUCAAACAGAACACAUACAAACAAUCCUGGGCAUUAUUCUCGACAUGGAGUUCAGGAACCAGUUACAGUCAGCAAGGAUAUCAAAGUUCCAUUGCAUGAUACUGUGAGUGUUUGUGAAAGAGAUCGUGCACUGGAGCUGGUGACAGGUCCACCAGAAGAGAUACCUCGAUGGAGACAAGAGCAGUAUGCACUUAAUAUACUAGAAGAUGUGCAAAAUGCUCGCGUUGCUUCGAAAACUAAGAUGGAGAUGGAGAUCAGAAUUCUGAAGGCACAAAUUGUUAGCAUGCAGAAACAAGUGAUGAACAUGGAUCAUGCUAGUGAGGUUAUUUCCAGAUCAAAAAGGCAUUGAACUUACCAUUGUCUACAUGCGAAAUGAUAGAUUGGCAUAAAAUUUUCAUGUAGAACUGUACAGCUUUCUUUGUGAGAUCAAACUCCAAUGCAUGCUAGUUUCU